AAUGGAGGAGUACGCAAACCUAUGCCCAUUCUGAUCCAUUGAGUCGUGGAGGAUUAGUGUGUGUUGUGUGUGUGAGACAGAGAGUAUGGAGAUUGAAGAAGAAGAAGUAAAGAAGGAGCAUAGGAAUGGUGGUAGGGUUCGUGUUUAUGCGGACGGUAUUUACGACCUAUUCCAUUUGGGCCAUGCCCGUUCCCUCGAGCAAGCCAAGAAAUUGUUUCCCAACACUUAUUUGCUUGUCGGAUGCUGCAAUGAUGAGGUUACCCACAAGUACAAGGGCAAAACUGUUAUGACUGACAAGGAGCGCUAUGAAUCUCUCCGUCACUGCAGGUGGGUUGAUGAAGUUAUUCCUGAUGCACCAUGGGUGAUCACACCAGAGUUCCUGGACAAACAUGAGAUUCACUAUGUGGCACACGACUCUCUUCCUUAUGCUGAUGCAAGUGGGGCUGGAAAAGAUGUUUAUGAGUUUGUUAAAUCUGUUGGAAAAUUUAAGGAGACCAAGCGUACAGAUGGGAUAUCCACAUCAGAUGUAAUAAUGCGGAUUGUCAAAGACUACAACCAGUAUGUGAUGCGCAACUUGGACCGAGGAUACUCAAGAAAUGAGCUUGGUGUUAGCUAUGUGAAGGAAAAGAGGCUGAGAGUGAACAUGGGAUUGAAAAAGUUGCGUGAAAAAGUGAAGAAACAACAAGAGAAAGUUGGUGAGAAGAUACAAACAGUAGCAAAAACGGCUGGUAUGCAUCAUAACAUAUGGGUGGAGAAUGCCGAUCGUUUAGUUGCAGGUUUUCUUGAGAUGUUUGAAGAAGGUUGCCACAAAAUGGGAACUGCCAUUAGAGAUCGAAUUCAAGAACAAUUAAUUCAAAAGGCAAAUAUAAGAGGACUCAUAUAUGAUGAGGAAGAUGAUGAUGAGUAUUAUUAUGACGACAGCAGUGAAGAAGAAUUCUAUGACAAUGAAGAUGAAGAAAAAGCUGUUUCACUGUAAUCAUCUUUCAUGGUAAUGUUAUCUGAGUACCCUCCCGUUGAAUAUUCCUCGCAGUUGUGGGGCAUGAAUUUAGUCUGCAAUGCCUAGCAUGAGACAUCAUCUCUAAUGGUUAAUAUAUAUAUAUAUAUAUAUGUGUGUGUGUGUGUUUGUAUAUAUUUGUUCUGGCUUAAGAAAGCAAGUUGUCUAUGGAACUAGCAACUGCAGGUAUUUGUUGAAGAAACAACUUUAUGUCAAUUUAUGCAGAUACAGGUGAGUGCUGGGAUUGAAAUAUAAGGUUGAAGCCUUACUUGGAGAUAGAUGUGCUAUGUAUGUUAUAUUGCAGUUUUCAGCUCAUGCCUUCAUUGUUUAACUUGAUUUGUUUUUUUUUUUUUUUUGACAAGUUUAACUUGAUUUGUGAACUCUUUCAAUAUGACAUUUCCUUAUUAUGUAGAGAAGUUUAAUCU